AUGGGCGAGACCACUGACGAUACGGAUAUUAUACUCACUAUAGGUGUGUGUGCUAUGGCUAAAAAAGCAAUGUCAAAACCGAUGAAGGAAAUCUUACGAAGAAUGGAUAAAUUCCAACACAUCAGACAAAUAAUCUUCGAUGAACACGUUAUUCUGAAUGAGCCAAUAGAGGCCUGGCCAAUAUGUGAUGCUCUUGUGAGCUUCUAUUCUGAAGGAUUUCCACUGGAGAAGGCAAUCGCUUAUUCCAAGCUAAGGAAACCAUAUCUUGUCAAUGACUUGGAGUCUCAGUAUAUUUUAAUGGAUCGAAGACGUGUUUAUGAGUGUCUUCAGCUUGAAGGUGUACCUGUUCCUCGAUAUGCCUGUGUUUCUCGAAGACCAGGAAGUCCUCCCGUUGAGGUCAUUGAAAGUGAUGAUUCCAUUGAAAUCAACGGUGAAGUCUUUCACAAACCGUUCGUAGAGAAACCGUUGAAUGCCGAAGACCACAAUGUGUACAUCUACUUCCCAAGCAGCGCGGGCGGGGGUAGCCAACGUUUGUUUCGCAAGGUGGGCAAUCUAAGCAGCAAAUACUUCCCGUACAGCACUAUUCGCACAAAUGGCUCGUAUAUGUAUGAAGAAUUCAUGCCGACCGACGGUACAGAUGUCAAAGUCUACACAGUGGCCGAUGACUAUGCCCACGCGGAAGCACGCAAAUCUCCUGCUCUAGACGGCAAAGUGGAACGGGAUCACGAAGGCAAAGAGGUUCGCUAUCCGGUUAUCCUAACCCCACGGGAGAAGAUUAUUGCGAAAAAAGUGGCCAAAGCGGUGCGACAGCAAAUCUGUGGAUUCGAUCUGCUUCGUGCAAACGGAAUGUCUUACGUGUGUGAUGUAAACGGAUUCUCGUUUGUGAAAUCAUCCCGCAAAUAUUACGACGAUUGCAGUCACAUUCUGGGCGUGCUUAUCACACGGAAACUGGCUCCCAGACUUUGCGUGCCGGCUAAUCUACCACCGGGCACGGAUGUGGACACUCCGCUUGUGCCGACCACCUGUGGUACAAUCAUGGAGUUGCGUUGUGUGAUCGCGAUCAUUCGGCAUGGGGAUCGAACACCGAAGCAGAAAAUGAAAAUGGAAGUGCGACAUGAGAAGUUUUUCUCCCUGUUUAUGAAAUAUGCUGGCGAUUGGACUAAUGAACUGAAACUGAAACGACCGACUCAGUUGCAAGAGGUGCUGGAUAUUGUUCGGUGUAUUUUGGACGAACUGGAAAGCGGUCAAUGCACCGACCCACAGUUGGUGAAAAACAAACCGAAAUUUGAACAGCUUCGAGAGCGGGAAACGAUUUAG